ACGAAUGAAUCUACCUCUAGCACAUCGUCACCCUCACCAGCAACCUCACAAGCACAAUCAUCUUCUACCACGACGUCGACAAUGACCACGAUUGAUACAGUUACUCCGACAAUAACAGCAACAAUGACAACGAACAGUGUUUCAAAAACUGAGUCAGCAACAACUGCAAAAAAUGAUCCAGAUUCGACAACAUCAGUAGUAGUUGUUAAUGUUCCGGGAAAAUCUGGUACUCAGAAAUCCUCAAAUGCUACUGGAACGCCCGCAUUUAAUUCUUCAGAUGUUAUCACAUUUCCAGCUCAUUUUCUUGAAGGAUAUCUUAUCAUUUUUUUGUUUACUUUUAUAUUGAUGAAUGAAUCAUGA